AAAAAAACUUCUUGGCUGUGGAAGCCCCCUGGGUAUCCUGGGGUAAAGUCACACUCUCUCUGCCUCAGAGGAAGGCAAAGGCAGACCUCCUCUGGGGGAAUCGUGGCCAAGAAAACCCUGAGAUGGGGCUGCCAGAAUGAUGGGAAGGGAGAGAAUAAAGACUGUACAUGUCUUGGGAGCGGAGGGGCCCCAAACGGCUAGCGUUGGUCUGUGACAACGAGAAAUCAUUGCAUUGGAGUGUGAGUUUUCAUGGAAUAGAAAGGUGAAGGUUGAGAAAUCUCUGUCCCUGAAGCACUUCAUACCUCCACUUUCUAAAUAGAGGAUUUCCCUUGCACCGCCCAGGCCUGUUUAAGGGCGACACACCUAAACAAACACCCUUCCCUGGCCCUCUGAGGGCAAGGCGGCUGCUUCGCUUCUCCGACAGACAGUUGCGUUAUUCGGAGGGAAGGUUGGGAGGACGGAAGGCCCCCCAAGUCGCAAUUUGGUGGGCGCUUCCUUGGCUUCUGCUUCGUAACCGGAUGCCUCGGCUGACUCCCCAUGAUGCCCAGGGCCACCGUCAAGCUCAUUAUAACCGGAGAUGAUUUUGGCUACUGCCCGCGGAGGAACCAAGGCAUCGUGGAGUGCUUCCUCACGGGCGCCGUGUCCAACGUUUCCCUUCUGGUCAAUGGUGCUGCCGUGACGGAUGCUGUUCAGCUGGCAAAGAGGCAUCACAUCCCGAUUGGGCUUCAUGCCAACCUUUCUGAAGGCUCUCCUGUUUGCCCAGCCCUGAAGGAGUCCUCUUCACUGCUCAACACGGAAGGCUUCUUUCACGGGAAAAUGGGGAUCCGGAGGGUGUUAGCAGAAGGCCAUCUGAACAUGGCAGAGGUCAGGCAGGAACUCACAGCCCAAGUGGAGUUGUUCCAUAAACUCACCGGCCACUUGCCCUACCAUAUGGAUGGACACCAACAUGUUCACGUUCUCCCAGAGAUAAGGCAUGUGUUUGCACAGCUGCUAGUGGAUUACGGGAUCAUGUAUACUCGGGUCCCCAUAGAACCAGAUCUUCCUCGUUGCAGCUGGAUAGACCCUUCCUUGAUGGCUUUCUAUUGCAGUGUGGAGAAGGACUCGCUCAAGACGGUGGAUGUGUUCCGAAAGCACCACAUACGGUGGCCAGAUAUAUACAUAGGUCUGAGCACCAUGGGGAAAAACAUGUCCAUGAGCAAUAUUCUCGGCGCGAUCGACAAUGCGACUGCAGCUUACCAGGCAAAUAAGGACUCUGAUCGGGAAGCCCGAAGCGUCACCAUUGAACUGAUGACGCAUCCUGGGUACCCCAGCCUUCCGCCAGUUGGGGGCUGCGGUGAAGGGCCGGACGAUUUCUCCCAGUCCUGGGAGCGCUUGCACGAACUGGAGACUUUGAAAAAACCAGAACUGCAGAGCUGCUAUAAAGCGAGGAACAUUGAGCUGUGCUCAUUUAAAGAGCUCGAAGUGUGAUGGAGGGCAGUAGAUCCUUUGGUUGGGAAUGAUGGAGGAGGCAGGGUCAGUUUAAGUGUGGCCCCUGGUGCAUUGUAGCAUUAUGGCCCCAAAUAGCGACACCUUGGAAUUGAGGAAUGAGAGUCCAUUCUCAUCCUUGGAUGAGCUUCCCUGUAUUAGGAGUCUCAACCUAUCAGGUGAGCUCACUAUAUCCAGACCUGAAUUGGGCUGGGGUAGUGUGGCCUCCAUAAAUUCAACCUGAAAAAUAAACAUUCACCAGCAUGACUCAGAUUUCAUGCUGGUGACAAUGGGAAUUUAUCAGCUGUAUCAGCAAUGGUAAGAGUUGUACGCACCCACCGCCUGCAGGAAUUCUUCAUCUGGAGGCGUGAGGAACUUGGGGAAACUUGACAGGUUGAAAUCCUGCUUAAGGGGUGGCUCUAGUGGUUGGUUUGCUCGAUGGGGCACCCUACUGCCAAAGUGAACACUGUAUGGGGCUGUUUCGUUGCCUUUAGUUCCAGAGCUGUGGUUUUUAGCUUUAAGCACAUUGGGAUGUGUGUGCCUUCUGGGAUGAAAUAUGGCUGCCCCUAUUGAAUUUAGUUCUGCUUAAAGAGUUUAGGACUCUGGCUGUUAAACACCUUUCAGGCUUUGGAUGUAAUGGGUGUGGAACAUGGAUGGCCACAGAGUGUGAAGGGAGAGGUUGGCAUUCAUUUGGCCCAAUGUUGGGCAGGAUAGAAAUAUUUUAAUAAAAUAUAAACUAACA